UUCACUUUUUGUCUCUCUCUUUUGUCCUCCCUAUUGUGUUUGUCAUAAUAAUAAUAAUAAUAAUAAUAAUAAUAAUAAUAAUAAUAAUCAUGUAUUUUUAUUCCGUUUUAGGUAUCGAGAAGCUUAAAUUCAAGCCAGCCUAUAAUCCCUACACUGAGCCUAGCAUGGAAGUAUUCAGCUAUCACUCUGGUCUCAAGAAGUGGGUAGAGAUUGGUAAUUCUGGCAUCUUUAGGCCUGAGAUGUUGCUGCCAAUGGGACUACCCAAAGACGUCUCAGUCAUUGCUUGGGGCCUGUCCCUUGAGAGGCCAACGAUGAUUAAAUACAAGUUAAAUAAUAUAAGAGAGUUGGUGGGGCACAAGGUGAACCUGGAGAUGGUCUACAAGAAUCCAUUGUGUCGCCUUGACAAAUAAACAAUUGAUGAUUAACGUAUUAAUCAAGGGUUUUUAUUCACCAAUCUUUUGUUAUUAUUUUCACUAAUAGAAAUGUUUAUUUCUGUUGGCUAUUACUGCAUAUAGAGUAGACUAAUGCACUGUUUUUGAUUAUGUGAAAGUUACUUAGCCAGUUGACCCAGUUCA